CAAGUAUGGUGACCGUGACCGAUCAUUAAAGUUUCCUUCUGUUAAAGAAAACGUUAAUUAUUGAUAGAAUAGAUAAAGUUUAUAACUACUAUAAAAGUGAAUAUUUAUUAUGAAGAAAUAAUAUCUAAAUUGCCAUUUUGUUUAGUGGAUAUUACAGAAUUUUCAUUCUACUUCCUCAUUACAGGUAAAUCACUUGAUGGAUUUAAAAUAUAUUAACUGUUAUCUAUACUGUACAUUUGGAAUUGAUUGCAAAUGAAGUGGCAAGGUUUUACUUUUGAAUCGGUUGAAUGGCUACAGAGGAAAAUACCUAUUUUCUACGAUCCUUUUUACUCCUCGUUGAAGGUGGUUUAUAUAUUUCAAGGGAAACUUUAGGACGAGAAUGUCAAAAGGCAGGUGGAAACCUGGACGCGCUACUGAAACAAUGUGAAAACAAACUGAAGCAUGAAUUUCACGGGAAGCAAUAUGAUAAACUUUUCCCGCAAUAUGGUACAACUGAUAUUAACAAAUGGGACUUACAGCUGUCAGUUGGUGUGCUGAUCAAUGUCUUUGGACGUAGUCUUUCCUUGACUGAAAAGCAGAAAUUACGUGCCUUAAGAGAUUUGAGAAAUGAGAUAUACAUGCAUUGUGCCUCUGCUUCUCUUGACCAAAAGAAAUAUGAAGAAGUGCAGGAAGAAUUAGAAGACAUCAUAACCACUUUGGCAGCGACAUUUGACAAACCUGUACGAGAUCGUUGUUCCGCAUACAUAACACAGUUUGCUACAGGGCCAUUAGACGGAGUUAAACCAUCUUUAGCAACGUUGAAUGGAUUUAGUCAAACAUGUCAGAAAAAGCUCAAAGUUGGCUUACAUACAGAGCUGGUUGUAGGUGGUCCAUCGGAUUAUUGGAUAAAUCUGUGUGAACAUACUCUUGAUACGAUAUUAAACAAUGCAGAAAGCAUGGCAAGUGAAGGAGCUGGGUUUGAAGAAAUAGAGAAUAAUGUCAAGCAAAUGCUGGAUUUUUUGCUAGCCAACAAGAAUGUUGUAUUCAAAGGAAGUAAAAAGGCAUGCAUUAUUUUGAUGUUUGAGUGCAACAGCUAUGAUGACGCUCUUCUGUUUCUACAAACAUUGGACAGUCAGGAGUUUAGGGAUCACUUAAGUAGGAUAUCAGACGCAUUGAUGAGACACUAUCAAUUUGACGCCACCAUAUCUAUCUCAGCCAGGGUUAGAACAGAGUGUUUGCAAUCUAUAUUGAUAGAUAUUUUAAAAAUGUACCGUUCUGAGGAAAUUGCACACAGACAGUUAGAAAUUUCAUCGGAAAAUGAAACUGACGACAAAGGCGAUCAUGCAAAACUUAUGCGAGGAUCAGAAGAAGAGGACAGUCAGAAGGCAGAGAGCAAACAACCGCUAAAGCUUGAUCUGGAAUGCACAUCAAAGAGCGGUCUUCUUCAUUUUUUGAAUUCCUUCAAAAAAGACGAUUUCUCGGGCCACCUUAAAAGUGUAGCAGACGCACUGUCUAAACAUUUUGGGAAAACUAUCACAUUGAAGGCAUCUUUAGAUAUUGAUGAUGUCAUGGCAGCUAUUGAGGAAGCAGUUUCCAGAGACAGUACACGAUGUAUGACUAUACAACACGGCUCAGAAGCAAUAGACUUACAUGAAGAGGAAUUAGAAUCCGAUUCUUUCUCAGACAAGAUUACACAGCGAAAGAAGAUUGGUGAACGUGAGGAAACUACUGCGAAGUGGGUUUACGAUACAAGUUUCGACUUUGCAAUACUCACAGAUAAACAAGAUCCGACUGCAAGUGUCAAUUACCUUAGUCCAAACAAACCCGAGGAAUGUAGCGUGAGAGGAGAAUUCGACAUGAAUCUGAGCUUUGAGUCACUUUUAAAAGAUGCAGAGGGAAAUUCUCUUGACUGCGAACUUAGUGGUGAAAGUUCUAUCAGCAGUGACACUACAGGGUUUUGUUCAACAUCGCAUGAAACAGCUGCCGACUGUCUACAUGGUAUGGACCAACCACAAUUUGAAGUAUUUAUGGAUAAAUCACUUGCAAAGCGUUCGGAGUCAAUGGCUUUUAAAUCAAAACCCUGCAUGCUAGGAGAUGACCAAGAAGCUUUAUCUGAUACUGCUCCUAACCCCAGCAGCACUGAAAAGGGAUACAGUUACUUACGGCUGAGAGAAAGUUCACAAAGCUCCGAAGAGAUGACGAAAACUGAUCCGGGUCAAUAUAAUAUCACUGAAACGGCCAAUAUUAAAGAUGACGGAGUUCCGAUUGAAGAUAAAGACAUCUUACUGAGAAAUUAUCAGCAAGAGCUAGCUGCCCCAGCCUUACUAGGCAAGAAUGUAAUCAUUGUAGCACCAUCAGGGUAUGAUAGAACAAGGGUUGCGAUGAGAAUUAUACAGAAACAUAUACGUCAGAAGGGCCGAGGUAUUGCCAAAGUCGUUUUUCUUGUUAACCAUUCGACAAUAGCGCAUCAGGAAGGAAUGGCGUGUAGAGAGUUACUGAAACAGUAUACAUCAAAAGUUAUAACUGAAGAGUCACAAAGAAAGAGCGGGUAUCUCAAAGAUUAUUCAGAUAAAGGUGAUAUACUGGUAGUAACUGCUCAAAGUUUGCUCGAUGCUUUAUUAAGGAAAGAGAUUAGCGACAUAACCAUAUUCUCACUAAUUGUGUUUGAUGAGUGCCAUCAUACGUGUGAUAACCAUACCUAUAAUCAGAUCAUAAGAAGAUACAUGGACCUAAAGUUUUAUAAACCCGAUGCUGUUUUACCACAGAUUGUGGGUUUGACAGUUUCUGUAGGUGUAGACCAAGCAAGAAAUGAGGAAAGAGCUGUGGAACACAUCAAACAUUUAAUGGCGAACCUUGAUGCUCACGUUAUAUGUACUGUACAGAAAUAUAUUGGAGAACUGAGACAGCAUGUCAUUCUACCAGAAGAAGAGAUACAUAAAGUGCAGGGACGACUGAAUGAUGUUUUUCAAGAAAAUAUAGUUAAACUGAUGACAACUAUAGAGAAAAGAAUGACACAGUCGUCUUUAUUGAUGAAUGAAACGGAAGUUAGCAGUGCUCUGAAAGCUCCUGUCGACAAAGGGACUUUUCAGUAUACACGUUGGGUUAAUAAUUUGUGUGAAACUGUAUACCUAAAACUGAAAAGUUAUGAAGCUGUGGUAUUUGUAAAUUCUUGUGCAAAACAUUUAAAGCUCUACAACAAUGCUUUAGCUAUUCAUUAUGAUGCCAGAAUGAAAGAUGCUAUUAGUUAUCUCGAUUCAAAGAUGAAUUGCUCGAAGGAAAAUACUGAAAUGAAUGAAAAUGAUUCAAUUCUUUAUGGAGCUUUCAAAAAACUGAGAAAUGCCAGGUUUUGUGACAGUCCAAAUCCGAGAUUAGAUCAGUUGUACCAGUUGAUAACAGAGGCACAUGAGCGCAACUUUACAAACUGCCGUGGUAUAGUGUUCGUAAAGACGAAUGAAUUGUCCGAGGCGAUCCUCAGCUGGAUGAUGGAGACACCAAGACUGAUGGAGUUAAAUCCUAUUGUCUUUACAGGAGGUUUGACUUUACUGUCGGAGACACUAGUGAAUGCGCUACAGCCCUUCAGAACUGGGAGUCACAAGUUGAUAAUAGCAACGUCUGCCCACGAGGAACGUCUUAAUAUCCACGAGUGUAAUUUUGUCAUCAGAUACGAUCUUGGAACUGACGAGAUAGUCAUGGUACAAUCAAGAGGCAGAGGUAGGGCAACAUAUACCAAAUAUUACGAGAUAGCCGAACAAAAUGCAGAUAUAGCAGAGAAUAAAGAACUUAACAUGAUACAACAAGUCAUGAUGAGAAAAGCUAUUCUCCAGAUACAGGAAUACAUACAAGAGUACCCUGACAAAUUUCGACAAGAAAUUCAAAAUCUCCAACAAGAAACUAAGCUGUUGAUGUCACUUGGAUUCAAAUAUGAAUCGUUUUUCAGAAAGCAUGAACUGCGCUGCAUCAGGUGUAAUCAUUUCAUAUGCUGGUCCAAUGAUGUGAAAAAGUUUCGAGGUUCUUACCAUGCUGUAAUCGACGAGCGCUUAUCGAAUCGUGUAAUUUUUGAUAGAAGUGACUCUUCAAGAUACAAGGAUAUUCAGAUCGUUGGCAAGCUCUUUUGUAAAAGAUGUGGAGAAUCUCUGGGUGUGAAAUGUUGUCACAGUUUGUUGGAUUUUUCAGUGCUGAAAAUUAGCCAUUUUCUCAUUGUCGAUGAAAAUGGCAGACAAAUGACCUGCAAGAAAUGGAGUUCAGCCCCUUUUCAAGUUGCCCCACUCAGUUCAAAAGAUUCUAAGCAAUGGUAAAAGCGAAAAAGAGAGAUAUGAAGCAGCAUUAGAAAUAUUCGCUGCCUAUUUUUAUAAUCACUUAUCUGUGCACUUGUCCCCUAUUUCAGUCCUAUGAUUGUCGAGCGUUACGGUUUAGUAGAAUAUUGAGUGCUGAUGAUCCCGUUUAGCAUGCCUGUUAGAAAAAAAAUGGUCGUAUUGUGUUAGGCAUUGUCUGACUAUCAACAUUUUAUGUUCCCGGCUUUAAGUCAGUAAAUGUAAUAGUUACUACUUUCAAACGUUACAUUAUAACCAAAAUGCUACUUUAUACGUAUUAGUAUUUUAUUUUGAGACAAUAGUGCUAAGUUAAGUUUUAAGUCAUAGAAUAUAUUAGACACAGCUUACAAACUUUACAAAACGAAUUUAAGUUCAACUACAAUUUAGCUAUACACAUUGGAUCAGUGGUACAAAGAUCAAGAUCAUGGGGACUUGACAAAACUCCUGGUAUUUGCUUCAAUUCGGGCGUGUAAACUUGACAUGAGAACGAAGCAACACUGGACGUGGAUCCCUACGGUUUUGGGGAUAAAUAGGUCAAAGGUCAAAAGUGACCCGGAAACUAAAUUGGUUUGAUGAUUUCUAAUUAAAUCUGUAAAAAGACCCUAUAAUAGCUGAAGAACCUUUUUUGGUGAAAGUAGCUCACAGAAAUAAGUUUCUUGUUUUUAGUAUAUUCUCUUAAAUUAUUUUCCUUUAACAUGAUUAAAUAUUUCAUUACGCUUUUAUAUGCUAGGCAACAAGUGAGCAUUUAGUUGUCGCUUGGUCGUAGUCUAAUAGUAUAGGUGGAUAAUCCGGCGUUAGUCUUCCUUCGUGAUGUGUCAGCAGUUCUAAUCAAACAACUUCUCCUCUGGAAUUGGAAUAACUGGUCAUAAUUGUACUAAACUUGGACUAUAGCAUUCUGGCUUGGUCUUCUUUCAGAUGUAUUUAAAUGGUUCCGCUUGGCCUUCCUUGGUGCCGUCAGAGGUAACUUCUCAUAAACCAUUUGAUUGGUCUGCACUAAAUUUGUUCUGUUGUAUCCUUGAAUGGACUUUUUCAAUUCUAUUUAAAUGUUUCUGCUUGACAGAAGGUAGGGGCUGCCAGAGCUGAAAUAGAUUUUUUGAACGAUUUCUUCUCUUGAACUUGAUGGACCAGACAAAAUUUAUAGCAUAUAUAUAGUUGGACCUCUCAUUGUUAAGCAUUUUGAGGCCGUCACAGCACAAAAUAGCAAAAAUCAUUAACUUUAAUGAACUACUGAAUUUAUUGACCAUACCUGGUCGUAAACAUUGAUCAGAAUAGAUCAAAGUCCUCCUCGUUGAGCAACUUAGGUGCAUUUUGGGCCUCUUUUUAAUUUUAAACUUAUUCUAUCAAGAAAUUUCAAGAGGAUGCUACAUUUUCUUAAAAUCAUGUCAAACCAUGUUGGAGGGGGAUGGGGGAGCGUCCUUCGAUAGCAUUGCUUUCUUAGUUUGCAACGUGAAAUGCAUUAGAAUGUACAUACGUAUUUAUCUAAGUUUGAAGGCAAUUUACAAUCGCUUAUUACCAAACAUAAUACUAUUGUUACCUGCAUUUUGUUUUAUACUGAUUGUAUAUAUUAUACGUAAAUGUUCAGAUCUUUAGCAUUAGAUAUGAUAUAGUUGAGACAUAAUUAUAUUAGUUUGAUGAGGCGGCAUUUUUUUCUGUUUGUUUCACGAAUGAAAGUUUUUACAGUCUCUUUAUCCUUUAUUAUCUUUAUUUGAAAAUAAUAAUAAUUACUUCACGCAAAUUUGUUUUAUUUCUACGUUUUGUUUAUUGAUAUUGUUCUCUCGUAUCCAUUCCCCUUUACAAAAGACAUUAUCACAACCUGACGAAAGUAUUUAGUAUAUCGGAACCACAGGCUCUGUAUGAGCUAUUUUGAUGGUGCAGUGCCCUCCUUCCGUAGUGCGGCAUUAGCUCUGUACUUAAAACGACUUUUACUUAUGAACCACAUGACGGAUCUAACUUAGUAAAGCACACGUGAUUGGCCGUGUUUCAAGCUUGUUGAAAUAGUUCUACUUGGUAAACAAGGCUUAAAACUAUUGGUGUCUCUUAAAUGUGUUCAUAUUGUUUCACUUUACCCCUUUUAGGGGUCAUAAGAACUGUAAAUAGAACAACCUUCAACCGAAUUUUCUUUAUGAAUUACUUGAUGUAUUUUUACCAAACUUUAUUUGUAGUAAUUUCAUAUGGACCUCCCUUCAGUUUGUUAAAAUGAUUUCGUUUAUCCCCUCUUAUAAUGCAAGAAAACCGUGUAUAAAAAAGAAUUGUGCACUUUUUGUGCAAGCAUUCAAGUUUCAUUUAAGCCUAAGAAGCGGUUUGUGAAAAUGCAAGAAGUCUGCCAAAAUCCAACAUGCUGCAAUAAUUCAUAGCUUUAUAAGAAAAUGGCAAAAAGAGUAUGUUGUCAUGUAGAAACAUUUUUCAAUCGGUAUAGAAGUGGAUUAUUAAACUAUGCCUCGAAGAUGGCCGUCAAAAAUAAUCUUUUUAUAUGAAAAUGGCGAAACAUUUGGUUUUACCACAUAAGAGGGAUGUAAACAAAAAUGCAUCAAAAACAAACAAUUUGGCCAGCAUUUAUAAGAUGGCUUGCACUAUGAAUGAAUUCAUGGUUUCACUACUAAAUUUUUAUUGUUUCUAACGUAUACAGGAAAUAUUGUAUAUGUUGCCUGUACUGAAAUACACAUUAUCUGAUCUAAUAUUGCUUGUGCUGUUUAAUUCAUAACAGUUAUGGAUAAAAGAUUAUUCCCUUUGUUCAGUUGCAACACUUCUGAAUGAAAGUUGUCCCCUACCCUUACUUGUUCAGUCAUAAAUUUAAAAAGAGAAUAUUAACUUUUAACGGUAAAAUCAAGACCGAAAACUAAGAAUUGGAUUGUCAAAUCCUUCAAAUUACCCAAUUAGUUUAACAGUUUAUUUUAUGAAGAUAUUUUUGUUAUUACUGAAGGAUUUUUAGAUUAUUAUACAUGUAAUUGCACAGAACAACAACAGUUGCCGCAGAUAGGAAUAUAGAGGGUACUUGUCAGGUCAAUAAUUAUGCACCCUACCGUUACCAGCAUAUCAUAACAUGUUGUUAUUGUUGUUGUUACGAAGCAAUUGAUUGUUAUUAUGCCAACAAGUGUAAACAGUUAAGGUUAUAAAAUAUAUUAAUAUAUCUAAUAAUUAUCGGUGUUUUAACUCGAAAACGGCGCACACUUUGUAAGAAAGCUGCAUUUAAUUAUUGUUAUCUACAUGUAUAUUUGAUGUUUAUGUUAGCCAUUAUCAUUGAUGCACGCUGGUGUAAUUUAACUUACGUUGUCACUAGCAGCUGCUUCUAGUAUAUCGUUGUCAUUACUGUAAAUUUCUAUGUUUCGGCAAAAGUGUUAUAUAAUUACGGCAAUCCUAUAGUACUAAUCAUUUUAAGAAAGCCAUUUUUCUUUAUGUAAUAGUAUUUUUCUAUCAAAGUUUCAUUCAGUUAUAGCUUGAAGUGGUAUUUUAUAUGGUUGGUUGACAGAGUUCGUCCGUACAAAAAAUAAUCGUUUCAGAACGUUAGUCGAGAGAUUUUUGAACGUCGAUCACUGGACAGCAACCAAGAGAACCGUCGAACAAUUUCAGAACAAGUUUUUGUUCGUUUCUUAGACUUAGUAUAAAUAGGCAUGGAAAUGUUCGGCUGCAGUCAGUUUUACGAUCAGCUUUCUAGCAUGCGUUACUACUAAAGAACGGUAAUUUACAAAUUAAAUGGUACUAAAGCAGUUUGACUUUCAAUUUAGCUUAUGGAAAUAACGCUAGAACAUUUUAUGAAUAAUCUAGAAUUUGAUACGCAUUUUGUGAUACGUAUUUUGUAAUUUUUUAGUACUUAACACUGGUCA